AUGCUCGAAUUCCGCACCCAGGGCUAUAACGGCUACAGCGUCAAAUAUUCGCCCUUCUUCGACUCGCGCAUAGCCGUCGCCGCAUCCGCCAACUUUGGCCUUGUCGGCAAUGGCAGGCUGUAUAUUCUCGGCCUCACGGCAAAUGGCAUUGUAGCUGAGAAAUGGUUCGACACGCAAGACUCCCUCUUCGACACCACCUGGUCGGAAGCGCACGAGAACCAGAUCCUCACGGCCUGCGGCGACGGCAGCAUCAAGCUGUUCGAUAUCUCGCUGUCUGAGUUCCCCAUCCAGUCGUGGCAAGAGCACGCGCGAGAGGUCUUCGCAGUACACUGGAACCUGGUCACAAAAGACACAUUCCUGUCUUCAUCUUGGGACGGCACGAUCAAGAUCUGGAAUCCCCAGGCGCCGUCCUCGAUCGCGACGCUGCCCACCCACUCGUGCACCUACAGCGCGCAAUUCUCGCCGCACUCGCCCAGCGUGCUCUCCGCCGUCUCAUCCGACUCGCACCUGCGCAUCUUCGACCUGCGCACCCCCGCCUCGGCCAGCAACCACCUCACGCUCAGCAUCCCCAUCCACGCGCCGCCCAAGGCGCGCAUCGGCGGCGCCCCGCUGUCUCCCGUCGGGGCGUCGCCGCCCGCCGAGGCGCUGACGCACGACUGGAACAAGUACCGCGACGGCGUCAUCGCCGCCGCCGGCGUCGACCGCACCAUCCGCACCUUCGACCUGCGCCAGCCCAACGGGCCCGUCGCCGUGCUCCCCGGCCACGAGUACGCCGUGCGCCGCCUCACUUGGAGCCCCCACCUGUCGGACGUGCUGCUCAGCGCCAGCUACGACAUGACGUGCCGCGUGUGGACCGACGGCACCGCCAUGGGCGCCGAUCCCGCCGAGGCGGCGGCCAAGAACCCGAUGGCCUUUGGCGGCGGCCAGGAGUUGGGCCGCAUGGGCCGCCAUACCGAGUUCGUGACGGGCGUCGAUUGGUGUCUCUUCGGCGCUGAGGGCUGGUGUGCGAGUUGCGGCUGGGAUGAGAGGCUGUUGGUUUGGGAUGUGAGAGCUAUCAUGGGCCCUGGAAACCGCACCAUGUGA